AUGCGCAUGUGGAGCUGUUAUUGGGUCACAAGUCCACACACACAUCUGCUCAUCCAGAGGGGUUCUCCUGGAGUGACACUCGCUGUCAUUGGAGAUCACAGAACUGAGAUGAUGAGCAUAAUGAACGCGGAGCAGAUGGAGAACGGACUGGACUCCGAUGACGAUCUUCAGGUCGAGGAGAUACCCCAGUACCUAAAAGACAGGAGACGAGCCAAGUCCUUACCCGCGUAUCCAGAGCAGGCGAGCCUUUACCACCAGAUCUCGCAAAACUGCAGCAAACGCGUAAAGUUUGCGGACACGCUCGGCUUGAACCUGGCGAGCGUCAAGCACUUCAGCACCAGCGAGGACCCUCAGAUUCCAGCUAAAGUCUUUAAUAGACUCAAGAGUUUCCCUCUGCAAAAGGAGCGCGAAUUUAUUGAUGACUUGUGCGUCAAUAUCAGGUCCUCUCUGGCGCUGGACUAUCUAGUCCCGACGUUCAAGACGCCUGUGGAUUCGGGAGACCAGGAGACGCGGCUCGCGCGCGGUCGCGUCGCGCUGGAAAGCGUCACGGUGACGCAGUUUGAUGUCCGUGGGAUCAUACGGGCGACGGGCGGCAGAGAAGUUGGGGUCAGGUAUACAUUCAACGACUGGCUGUCGUUCGUGGACGCGCAAGCCAUUCCCGUGGCCACCGAGGACACGACGCGCUUCUCCUUUACCAUGUACACGCCACCUUUCCUGGAUCCGAGCGCUUCUGUGCAUUUCGCCGUGUACAUGAAGGAUGCUAACUCCGAGUUCUGGGACAACAACGAUGGGCUGAACUAUUCCCUGAAGUAUCACAGCUCGUCACCAAGCGAGACCGCGGCUUUCCACGCGAUAUGAUGCGCUUUUACGCGCGGCGCCAAGUGGUUCAUUGGUGCGUUUUAUCCGCACGAAUGACUAAAACUGAUUUAAUACAACAUGAAUGAGCUCUCAAGAAGAUGACGAGGAUAAAUAGAGCUGUGCUAGUAUUAAAAUCACUUCUAAAAGAAUUGCUUACCAUCAUGUUGUAGCCUACCCAUUAGGCUGAUUUUCUUUCUUGGAUAAGGAAAGAAACUAUGUUGCCGAGCUGCUCUAUCCUAAGUGCGAUUGAGCUCUAAAAAGCACCACUAAAGCACCAUAGUGAUGGUUUUAAAGUCUCAUUCGCUAUAUUUUGAUAUUAUAAUGUCACAACAAUCAAUUGUGUGUGGAACAGAUUGAAAUUUAAGACAUUGUUUGCUGUUCACAUUUGACUUGAGUUUUAAACAAGGGACUCGUUAAGACUUGAGACAAAAGACAAACAAAAACUAAUUAUAUUCGGUGGUUUGGAAUAUGCAAAUCAGGCAAAUGUUUGAACGUCACAACUGACUAAAGCUGGACUUUCAUGCAGAACUGUUAUUGCAAAAUAUACGCAAAUGUAUUCUUAAAUGUAUGUCAGCACUGAAGGCUUUAGGAUAUAUACUGUAUAUAAACUGGACUGUCAUGUCUGAGUAUUAAAAUCUAUUUUAAGUGAAUGGUUUUACCUGAUAAUCACAUUUAUUUGUCAGGAUUUGGCCAGCAUGUUGACUUUUUCUUCAACACACAUGUUGCAGAAUGUGCAAUGAAAGUGCUGUCAGGUUCAGCUUCAAAAAAUACAUAGAAACACCAUAAUGGAGGUCUAUGUGUUGUGUGCUGUAUUCUGUUAUUAUAAUGUCAGAAAACUGUUAGAACUAGUCAAAUGUGAUUAUUUUAUAUAUGCAAAUCAGAUUUGAGGGCUUUAGUGGAGGGGAAGCUUAUCCACUGUAAAUGAUUUGAAUUUCAGAAAAAAAGUCUGACCAACAUUUAUUGCAUGACUUAGAAUAUAGUGGACAUGUGUGCGGACUAUUUUAUGAUGCUUUCCUGUCUGUUAUAAAGCUUGAUAAUCCCCAUUUAAGCAACACUAGGUCUAUUAAAUGUCAAAGGACAGUGUGGACAUUUUAUGAAACAUCUCUUUCUGUGUGCCACAGAAAACAAAAGUCAUUUGGAUUGAGAUUGAAAUUGAAAAUCUUUUUUGUUUUAAGAUGAACCACUACUAAUAAUAGAGGAAAUCAUACACGUUACUAUGUUUGUCGACUUGCAAAAAUGAUCGAUUAAUUCCAGGAAAUGUGUGUGUGUGUGUGUUCAAAGUUACUGACACUGAAGUUCUUUUGUAUAUACAAGGCAGAACUAUAUCAUGGGAUAUCAGUGAUCAAUGUUUUUCUUCAACAGACGAGGCUGAUAUUUGCUGCUCAGUUUAAAAAGAUUGACUUUACGCUGCUUAACAGAGUUGGUGGAACUUAAAAUGUCAAGAAACUAAGAGUCAGAAAUAUAUGAAUUCAAUAUAAAAUAAUCACAGCGAGUGAUAGAGAAUAUCAAAACUGAAUCAAUGUUUACAGUUUGUUCAGUGAAAGAGCAGAGACUGGUUGUGUUUACAGUAUAGAAUGUCUAUAUUAUGCACACGUAAGAUAAGAUAUCAAUGAUUUUAACUGAAGUCCAGAUAUGCUGCUGUUUUCUCGAGGUUUGUUUGGUCUGUGCAUCUGUAUGAGGGGAAGGUGGCGAUCUGAUUUUUGCAAUAUGCAAAUGUUUGUUUGAAUAUAUGCAAAUAUUUUAUGUAUGGACAUUUACUAGUAGGGAUUUAUUCAGUAAAUUAGGUAGUUUUUCAUAAUUCUAUGCAAUCAUUUCCUUUUAUUUCCUGAAAAAGUGUCAUUACCAGCAUAAACUAUCAACCCUUGUGGUACAAGCUUUGUAUACAUGUUGUUUUCUAUUUGUUUCACAUGUAUGAAAGCAAAUCUGCACAGUCAAUAUAAUACAACCUCGAAUAAUUCUCAGAAUAAAAUAAUGAAACACAGUGGAAA